AUGAAGACCUCCGUCAUCGCCCUCUCCCUCUUCUCGGCCGUCGCUUUUGCUCUUCCAGAAGCUCACGGUGGCUGGGGUGGAAACGGAGGAUGGGACGGCAAGGAUAAGGGCUGGGGUUGGGUCAUUAUCCAGGACUACUGGAAGUUCACCUCGACUUUCUCUGUCAAGGCCACCCCUGACCAGGUUGUGAACGGUACCACUCCAACAGGCGGACAGCCAGGCGCCGUCGGCUACUACGAGUUCGGCCUCAACUCCCAGAAGAACUUCAUCUGCUACAACAUCCGCCUCCAAAACUUCGGCUCCGCCACCUACCAGUCCCCAGCGGACACCGCAACACAUAUCCACGAGGCUGCCCGCGGCCAGUCUGGUCCACCACGCAUCGCCUUCCCCAACCCAGCAUACGAAGGCAGCCCAGAAGAGAGAGUCAGCAUCGGUUGCCUCCAGGGCCCAUUCCAGACGGGUGUGAUCAACAACGCUACUGGCCAAGACACCGGUGUGGGUUUCAACGUUGCUCAGAUUGAGGCGAACCCAUCUGCCUUCUUUGCGGAUGUGCACACGAAUGUGGCUGUUCCUGGUGCGGUUCGGGGACAGAUUGCUUAA